AUUAAAGACAGUUCCAUGAUACGAGUCAGUGAGGAGACCAUCGAAAUUAGUGAUGACGAUCAGGACGAGUUCUCUAUCGUACCGACUUGCGGACCCCGCGGUGCCGCUGUUGCAGAUGAUCAAAUGUUCAAGAGACGCGUGCAUGUAAGAGUGUCCUCUGCUAGCUCAGUCCAAUCCAACUCAUCGCCCCUACUGAAUGGCGUCAGGUUAACAAAUUCGUUGUCGUCGGACAGAACUGCUCGGCAGACAGCGAAUGAUUCAACAACUGUCAUCGACGAACAAUUAUUUGUGGAGAGUCAGAUCAUCUUGAACUCGGUUGGUGAUCAGGUCGAUAUUAGCGCUUACGUCGAUAUAAUGCCACCACCGAAACCAUCAAGUAGGCGUCGAGGUCGCUCGGAUGCAGGUCAACGUAAACUCACUGUGCUUAAACGGGUCGAUGACUCAGUUCGGGCUGAAAAAGACAAUUCGACCGAGGUUAAUCCCAGUUCAAGAUCUCCGCCAUCAAAUCGGGUUGACUCGAAUAAGAAAAUGAGUAUACGUAAAAUUGCUGGCAGCAGUUGCGACUCAGAGCAGCCAUCAAAGGAAAAUAACGUCACCAGUAGCCUUUCCGGGGUCAAUCAGCUUUUGAAUAGACGUGAAGUAGGUAGCAGCAGUCCCAGGAUAAAUCGGCUCUCUAAUCUGAAUAAUAUUCGUAUCAGCGUCCAAGGAGUACCGCAGACUCCUCGUGUGACCAGAUUGCCCGACAGCGAAGUCAGACUGCUGCGUAGUUUGUUGCGGGAUCCAGUACCACAUGUGUUGCCUAAGACACCUUUAGUCGCCAGAAAAACCUUUUCCAGUCCAAAUUUUCGCAAACUGAUAGCUGAACGACGUGCCCGAGUGGAAGCACUUUCACCACCACUAGAAAUAGAUUGUGAAUCGACGGACACGGCUUCAGAGUCGUCCGACUUGCCCGUGGAUGGUAGCCAAGAAUCGUCAAUUUCCAUCAGCGAUUAUAUACACAUACAUCCGGAUUUGCUCGACAAACCUCUAACGCCGAAGAGGUCACCGGUUGCUAAGUUCACUCCAAAUAUUUUGGUGAAGAGUUGCAAGGUCAAAGACUUGUCCGGUAAUAUGAUUGUGGUGCCGCUGAAUGGGAAGAAAGUUUCGUUGCCUUUGGUGCUAAAUAAAAGGCUCCCCGUUAAGGAACGCCUUCGAUGUCCGUCGUUUGUGCCUCCUUCCUCGCACUCAACGUCACUUUUGCAAACAGUCGCCAAGAGACAAGUGCUUCCUGUGAUCGAGGAUGCUGUCAGCUUGGCGGGGGACAAUGCGAAUACCGAUUCUGUCGAUGAUUUUGGAGCUUACUUCGAAAAUGGAUCACCCAUUGAUAAGGAGCCGUCAACGGUUAGACGAUCAAGCACGGACUCGUCGACCCGUCUGGCCAUUAAAUCAUUCGCCUCAGUGCACUCGUUCAAUGAUAAUUGUUUUAACAAUAUGGACCGAAUGCUGAAGUUUUGA